UUCAUCCCCAUCAUCCUCCCGGCAGGCAGGCAGCAUCCCUCAUCAGCUGCUUUGUCCUCUCCUCUCAUCUCUUCUCAUCGCUCUCCUCUUAAGACUUUAAAUUUGGCGCUCCUCAUCACCGCUCCUUUUACGUUCCCGGAGAGGUUGAUGCGUCGUGGUCAAGAUGCCUGUGAGACGCGGUCACGUCGCCCUCCAGAACACUUACCUGGACACCAUCAUCAGGAAAUUUGACGAGCAGAAUCGCAAGUUCUUGAUCGCCAAUGCUCAGAUGAAGAACUGCGGCAUCAUCUUCUGCAACGAAGGCUUCUGCCAGAUGUUCGGCUUCACUCGUGCCGAGAUCAUGCAGCAGCCUUGCACCUGCCAGUUCUUGGUGGGUCCCGGAACCAUGAAAAGCGCCCUGUCCCAGCUGGCCCAGGCCCUGCUGGGCUCUGAGGAGCGCAAGGUGGAGAUCCUGUACUACGCCAAGGAAGGCACGUGCAGACCCUGCAUGGUGGACAUCGUCCCCGUCAAGAACGAGGAAAGUGUGGUCAUCAUGUUCAUCUUGGACUUUCAGGAGCUCGUCGACCCGACGCUCAAGAAGUCGGGCCUGAGACAAAGAGUCAGCCAAGGAUGGGUCUACUGUCAGAACCGCAGGUUGAAGAUGCGGCUACCGGUGCUGCACUCCAAGCGCCGUCAAUCGUUGUCCAAAGAUCAGUUUGAGGGGGUGGUUGUGGACUACCUGCAGCCCAAUAGUGAAGAUGUCCCCCUGAAGGAGUUUCGCAUCCCGUCCAAGGAGAGCUGCAUGCAGUCAGAGACGGAAGCCCUCAUAGAACAGGACCUGGACCCCCCGACCCCGACCGCCCAGCCCUCUGCCAAGCGGCGUUCCUUGCUAACUGAGCGGCUGGACCCAGGUAUCCCUUUCGCCAUCGGGAUCUUGCCCCGGAGUUGUUCCCGGGACAGCGUGCGAAGCCUGAGACGCGCCUCCUCGCUGGACGACAUUGACGGGAUGAAGGCGGAGUGGAACACUCGGCCAGGAGAAGCCCAGAAUAACACCAAUCUGAAGCCAAGCGUGCUCAGCUCCACGUCCGACUCGGACCUGAUGAGGCACAGAACCAUCAGGACCAUCCCCCAGUUGACCCUCACCUUCAGCUCGGACCGCGUGAGACCGCCAUCGCCCACUGAGAUCGAAAUCAUCGCCCCCAGCAAGGUCAAAGAUCGGACCCAGAAUGUCACUGAGAAGGUCACCCAGGUCACACAGGUGUUGUCCCUGGGCGCCGACGUGCUUCCCGAGUACAAGCUCCAGACGCCGCGCAUCCACAGGUGGACCGUCCUCCACUACAGCCCCUUCAAGGCGGUGUGGGACUGGGUCAUCCUGCUGCUGGUCAUCUACACGGCCAUCUUCACGCCCUACUCGGCCGCCUUCCUGCUCAACGAGGUGGAGGAGGACCGCAGGAGGACGUGCGGCUACACCUGCAACCCUCUGAACGUGGUGGACCUGGUGGUGGACGUCAUGUUCAUUGUGGACAUCCUCAUCAACUUCCGGACCACCUACGUCAACCACAACGACGAGGUGGUCAGCCACCCCGGCCGUAUCGCCCAGCAUUACUUCAAGGGAUGGUUCCUUAUCGACAUCGUGGCCGCCAUCCCCUUCGACCUGCUCAUCUUCCGCUCUGGCUCUGAGGAGCCCCAGACGACCACUCUUAUCGGCCUGCUAAAAACGGCACGGCUGCUGAGGUUGGUGCGCGUAGCUCGCAAGCUGGACCGCUACUCGGAGUACGGCGCCGCCGUCCUCUUCCUCCUCAUGUGCACCUUCGCCCUCAUUGCUCACUGGCUGGCGUGCAUCUGGUACGCCAUCGGCAACGUGGAGCGCACCAGCUCGGCCCGCAUGGGCGCCUUGAAGAUUGGCUGGCUGGACAACCUGGCCGAGCAGAUCGGCAAACAGUACAACGACAGCGACGUGGCGUCGGGGCCGUCCAACAAGGACAAGUACGUCACAGCGCUCUACUUCACCUUCAGCAGCCUCACCAGCGUCGGCUUUGGCAACGUGUCGCCCAACACCAACCCCGAGAAGAUCUUCUCCAUCUGCGUCAUGCUCAUCGGCUCUCUGAUGUACGCCAGCAUCUUCGGCAACGUGUCGGCCAUCAUCCAGAGACUCUACUCGGGUACGGCCCGCUACCACACCCAGAUGCUGCGGGUCAAAGAGUUCAUCCGCUUCCACCAGAUUCCAGGAGGCCUGAGGCAGAGGCUGGAGGAGUACUUCCAACACGCCUGGUCUUACACCAACGGCAUCGACAUGAACGCUGUGUUGAAAGGUUUCCCCGAGUGUCUGCAGGCCGACAUUUGCCUCCAUUUGAACCGCAGCCUCCUGCAGCAAUGCAAAGCCUUCCGGGGCGCCAACAAAGGAUGCCUGCGCGCUUUAGCUGUGCGCUUCAAGACCACACACGCUCCACCUGGCGACACCCUGGUCCACAGCGGGGACAUUCUCACCGCCCUCUACUUCAUCUCCAGAGGCUCCAUUGAAAUCCUGCGGGACGACGUGGUGGUAGCCAUACUGGGAAAGAACGACAUCUUCGGCGAGUCCCUCAGCCUGUACGGGAGGCCCGGGAAAUCCAGCGCUGACGUGCGGGCGCUGACCUACUGCGAUCUUCACAAGAUCUUCAAGGACGACCUGCUGGAGGUUCUGGAUAUGUAUCCUGACUUUGCUGACACCUUCUGGAACAACCUGGAGGUUACCUUUAACCUGACAGAUGCAGAUCGAGUAAACCAGUCAACCCCGAGCAAGGACUCUGACUAUGGCUGCAGGACAACGAGGCACCGCCGAGGCUCCCCGCGACGUCGCAACAGACCCGACGGCAUGGACCGAGAGGACCCCUACCCGGACCAGGCGUGUCCCAUGGCCAACCAUCACCGAGGCUCCAUGGCGGGACCGCGCUGGGACGAGCGGUGCAGCAGCGACAGUUUCUCUUCCGAGUCCAGCGACGAGGAGAUGAAACGUGUGAGACGCAGCAAGGGGGAGCUGUACCCCUCCUCUGGAGACGCCAGAGACUACCCCUCGGCGGUCAUCAACCGCCUACCUCACAACAGACCCUCAGCGGGCAUGGGCAAGCCCGUAGACCUUGGAGGUCCACCGUACUCUGCAGCAGUCCCUGUCAGUAUGUCAGGACUCUACGGAUACUGGCCGGACCGCAGAGCCAGUCAGUUCUCAGAGACCCAAAGGCGCUCAUCGUCAGCCAGAAACACUUUCCAUCCUCCUCCUUGUGCUGAGGACCGGCCAAGUGAGCUGCAAUCCAGACUGGAGCUUCUACAGUCGCAGUUAAAUCGGCUGGAGAGCAGAAUGACAGCAGACAUCACCGUCAUCCUGCAGCUGCUCCAAAGGCAGAUGGCGCCCGUUCCCCCCGCCUACAGCGCCGUGUCACCCGGCCCUCAUCCACCUCACCCUACCACCUUGUACAGCGGCGGCCCGCAGGCCAUCCACGCCGUUCCUGCGAUGCCACCGGUCCAGACGGACAGCACCGCCUCGCUGCUAGAGAGUCCGGUGUCGGACUUCAAGCACAAGUCCAAGGACUCGCUGUCCAGCGGGAUCCACGUUACGGUGGCCUCUGACGACACCAUGUCAAUGUCCCCCGAGGCGGAGCCUCCACGUCUGCCUUCAGUGCACCUCACGCCUCCUCAGCUGGAGCCUACACCACUGCUGUGUGGCAGCCAGCGCUUCCCCUCCCUGCCUGAGCACCUGGAGACCUCCUCGCAGGUGCAGGAGAUCCAGAGGCAUGUCUCGGACCCUGUCCUGCCUGGCAGCUAGAACACCACCAGCAGGAGGUCUGGACUGUUGGAUUUGUUCCUCACUCUUCCUCCUCAUCUUCCUCCUCUUCUUCCUGUCAAGGAGCACCCAGGCAGCACUGAAAACACAAAAAUAUAUAUUUGUAAACAAAGAAAAAAGUCACAAAAUAUAUUUUCAAAAUUAAGUCGUAAUAACCAGGAUAAACUUCAAAUAUUACAAGAUAAAUGUUGGCAGAAAAUAAUAUAUUUUUGCGCGAAAAAGGUUCAAAUAUUUUGAGGAUAAAGGUCAUCAUUUUAGGCAAAAAAGUUGUAAUAUAUGAAAUGAAGUUGUCAAAAAAAAAUUGAAAAAUAGGUUGCAAUUUUUGGAAGAAAGUAAAAAACAGACAUAAUUUUUAGAAACACAUAUCCAGCAAUACAACAUAAAUAUUAGCAGAAAAAAAUAUAUUUAUAUGAAAAAGGUAAAAAAAAUAUUUUGAGGAUAAUGGUCAUCAUUUUAGGCAAAAAAAAUGUUAUAUCCCGAAAUUAAUUUGUCAUGAAAAAAAGUUUCGAGAAAUAUUUCAAUACAUUUGAAAGAAAGUACAAGACCAGUCAUAAUUUUACAAAAAAAAAACAUCUUCUACAGUUGAGAUAUUGCAAGUUGUAUAAUACUUUUUUAUGCAAAAAAAAAAAAGGUAAUUGUAGGUUAAAAGGAUUACAAAGAUUACAUUUUCCUGAAUAAUAUUGUAAUAUUACAAGAUAAAUGUUAGCAUAAAAAAUAUUUGAACAUGAAAAAGGUAAAAAUAUAUUUUAGGCAAAAAGUUUAAAUAUUAUAAAAUAAAAUUGAGUUGAGUUGAGUUUGAGUUUAUUUCGAACAUGCAAGCAAACAUGAUACGUCAAAAAAAAACGUUUCAAGAAAUAGAUUGCAAUUUUUGAAAGAAAGUACAAGAACAGUCAUGAUUUAAAAGAAAAAGAACAUCUCCAGGAAGUUGAGGUAUUGCGAGAUAAAGCUGUUUUUAAUUCAAAAUAAGUAAGAAAUUGUAGUUGAAAAGAUUAAGUUUACCUGAAUAUGUUGAAAUAUUGCAAGAUGAAGUUUUAAUUCUUAAAUAAACACAUUUACAGGAUACAAGGCUCAAGUAAAUGUUUUUCUUCUAACUUGAUCCAUAAUAUUUUCCUAUUUUCCUUUUCAAUGCUGCUUGGCCUUUUCCCCCAACUUCCCUCUUAAGGACUCAGCAGCGCCCUCUGUGGCCAUUCUGCGCCACUGUCCCUCUUUUGACUUAGCGACGCAGCAGCGACCCCGCGUGGCCGCUGUGCGCUAUUGUCCCUCCUCUUACCAAAUGUUGCAACAAAAGAGAUUAUUUUAAAGAAGACAUUAUUUUCAAGAAAAGAUUAUUCUAAAGGAAAAAUGCUUGCCGGAUGUGAGACAUGAUGGAAAAGACACAUUUUUUUUGCACAUUUAAACGUCAAAUAUAGAAAAAUGUAAUCUUUGUAGAGAAGAGUCACUUGUAGCCUAAAAAGUGUAAGGAGUGUGAAAAGUGUGAAUUUGCUGUUUUGGUGGAACACUGGAAAAGAUUAAUCAAUUUCAUCUCAUCUUUCUGACCUCUUUCUCUACUUCACGUUUGAAUCAUAUUUCCAUGGGGGCACUUUUCUGGCUCUUAUGUGUUCUGUUUUCAUGAAGCGAUGUUUGCCAAAACUUAUUUUGACUCACAGACUGUCGACGCUGUGGAACAACGCGUGGCGGCGAUGGUCAAGUCUGUCCAUCGAUAGAAGAAGAGAUGCUGUGUCCUUUCUAAUAACUUUUUAAAUACAUUUGUAAUCCCGUGUCAAGCACAAAAA